UGCAAGAAGUGUAAAAACUCUCAGUGUAGCCUUUAGGUGAGUUAUCAUCUGCUUGCAAGAAAAAAAACAUGGGGGUUUUCAGACAAUGCAGACCUAGUAUUAGAUCAUCUACUGUUUCUAAAACCUUGGUAAAGUUUCAAUCUGCUUCAGCAAUGUCCAACAGGCUUAUUAGUUCUAAUAUUUCUGCUGUGUCGAAAACCCUGUUAGGGUUUUACUCUGCUUCCCCAUCAUCAAACAGGCUUAUUAGUUCCAAUGUUCCUUUUGUUUCAAAACGCCUGUUGGGGUUAGAGUCUGGUUCACCAACACCAAACAGGCUUAUUAGCUCUAAAAUCUCUGUUGUUUCGAAAAACUUUCCGGGGUUUCAGUCUGGGUCACCAAUGCUCUACAGGGUCACCAGUUCUACUACUUUAUGCUGUGUCAAAAUCUCUGAUGGACCUAAAAGCUUGUUGGGGUUUGGAUUUGAUAAGAAAGUUAAUAACCCUUUAGGCCAUUUUCUUGGAACAAGGCCUUAUUCAGUUCAUGUACUUGAUAAGUAUAUGUACCAGCCUCUAAUCAAGUGUUUAGGUUGUGUCACUUUCUUUACUGGGAGAUUUGAAACUGUGCCUUUUACAAAAGAAAGGCUGUAUGUGUUCCCAUUUGUUGAUAAAAUCUGGGGAGAGUGGUAUUUUAGGAGUGUGAAGGAGGCAUUCAAGACAGGGUUUGUACUGCCCCAGUCUGACCCGCAGUGUAUUCGUGUUGAAUCAAUUGCUAUAAAGAUUCUUGAGGCGUUGCAGAGGGAGACUUGUAGGCGUCACAAGUUAGCUGACCGCAAGUGGCUCAAAGGAGACGAUGGGGAGUAUAAGGUUGUCAGGGAAAGGAGAGAAGAAAAUGUGAAGGUAACAAGUGCGUACUUAGAUGAAGGAAUCGAUUGGGAAUUUUUUGUACCAGAUACACCUACAGUGAAUGCUGCUUACAUAAACAUAGGGAAGAUUCUUGUGUUUAGGGGUUUUUUUGAUCUGUAUAAGACAGAUGAAGAGCUGGCAAUCGCAAUUGCAACUGAGGUUGCGCAUGUUGUUUGUAGACAUGCACAAAGACGCCUUACUUGGUUACCAUUCAAGUUGUAUCACCGUUUUAUGAAUAACUUUAAUCCUAUAAUAUAUCAUCAAUUGAGGCACGAGCAUGAAGGAGAUUUCAUUGGGAUGCUAUUAUCUGCAUCUGCUGGAUAUGAUCCCCGAGUUGCACCUAUGGCACUGGCAAAGAUGAAAAGAGAAGAUGUAUGUAUGUUAUUUGAGGACCAAAGGAUUGCGUAUAUGGCUCGCCCAGAAGUGAUGCAACAAGCAGUCACCAUAUAUGAAGCAAAAAAGAAGGAACAGGGUACUGAUAAAAAACACUAUUAGAAAGGAGGAAAUGCACUACAUUAGGGUCUUGACACGAGUCGAAAAAUUUUGAUCAAAAAACAAAUUUAGCAUCACCAGAUUCUAGUUAAGAAUGAAUGCAAUUCCUUAUCUGUUGAGACAACUUAGGUGGUGAUUUUUUGUUGCUGCUACCUUUUUGGAUAGUUUUCCUUCUGCAUUGCUUGCUCUCAUUUUCACUUGAAGUAGCAAAUGCUCAGAGAUCAGAGUCUUGAAUCAAGUUCUACUUUGGAAUAUAAUUUUACU